AUGGAAUUUUUACAUAAGCUCGACGAGCUACCAACUGUAAAGGAUGCCAUGCGACUGCCAUAUGACCAGUAUUUCAAGCACGCUCAAGGAAUUCUUGAAUUCAAAGAUUAUUGUCAGAUGGGACUCACAGAAAGCCUGGCCAAGGUUCAUGAUUGGUGUGUACAUUUGAAAUGUUUAUCACCAGAUGAUCCGUGUGUUCCCAUGGCAAGGGCCGAUGAGUUGCAUGAUUCUAUGAACAUUUCAAGAAAUCUGAUGUAUGACUGGUUGAAAGUUCCAAUACAAAUGUUCCUGCCGUACUUGAGUGUCGGUGUCCUGGUUUCCGUCGUAGUCACAAAAAUGUUGAAUUUGCAUACAUCCAAAUGGAAAGCCGUGGCCAGUUUGUGCAACGACACUGCCUGUGCAUGUGUUUGUCGAACUGGGGUGUGCGGGAACGAUUGUCAAGAGGGCGUAGCAAAUCCACCCAAAUGGUCAGGUGGUAGUCACUCACUGGAAAUUGGACCGGAAAGUGAAACUGUUGGAAAAUUACCAGCGGACGUUGAUACUGUUCACGAGACUCAGCCGUCGGCAAAACUGAUUUCGGAACCGGCGGGGGAGGUGUUGGAUCCGAUUGAAGAGGAACUGGCAUACCUAUAUUUCCAACUACCUCAAGUGGAUGAGACACGAGAGCACGCAAAUGUGAUUACAGCGGUCUGUAUAGGGCUACUGUUGAUCUUGUUCAAAGUUCCGAAAUUCUUUUUGCAUGUUCUUUCCACGGAAAACUAUAUCACAUACGAUCCAACCAUAUUUGCGCUGAUAGAUCAGUUCCUGGACACUAUUUUCGCAGCAUGCAAGCCUACUGUAUGCAUUUUGGUCGGGGCACAUUUCCGACAAGCUCUACUCGCACCACCCAGGUGUUGUUCCAACCAAAACAAAUCAGCCGAACCAUCCACAGCAAAACCUCCGACUCGUUCAAAAUCAGGUGAUCUUCAGCUCACUGAAAGACCAGGUGAAAAGCGCUACCAAUCGAUUUCAGUAGACGAGCGAUCCGCCUGA